GUUCCCGUCAAAUAUUUCAUCUGGCAAAUGCAGCACUAGAGAAUAAAUCAAUAAGUAUUUGAAAGACAGUUCAUAGUUAUAGCUAUAUGGCCCGAGGAAGUGGAACGUUUUAUUUGAAAUUUGAAAUCGAUCAAAGGAAAAAGUUUUGAUGAAUACCAGAUGUGUUACAUACAUGUAUAUAAGAAAUAAAAGAUUCAUCUCGAUUGAAGUAACUAUUCUACUACCUAUUGGGAGAAUAGUUAAAAAAAAGAAGGAAAAAAAAAAUGUUUUACGGAAUUUCCGGAAAUUGAAGCAACAGUGGGGAGUCGAUCGUAAAGUCGAGUGUAGUUAAAAUUUUCGUGACUUGGAAUAAAUUUGGGUGAUUAUGAAUGGAAAUCAGGUCCGUUGGCAAAUUGCUAAGAAAUCGUGGUAUCGUUUAAUUAUUAACAUUGUUUACGUAUCCCAAAGGGAGAAAAAGUGUCGGGAACGUGUGGAAACGGGGUAGAAUCCGUGACGUUCACUGGUCGCAAUAUCACCUGCAGGGGUUAGUUGGUAUUUAGUUGGUGGGGGAAAUGGUCGACAGUGGAGAAGAGUUCGUGCAGGCUGGUGGUUCGCUAGUUAGUUUCGCGGCAGCAAUAACCCCUGAUGCGCGUGUGCAUGUAAGGUAUAAUAACGUGUUAGGAUAGAUUCGCUUAUACAGAGAAAGAGAGACCUGAAAGACUGUUUUCCCUCGGUCGUUCAAUACGCGCGCGCGCGAAACGAAUCGACUUCGUCCAUAGUAUCGUCGAAGUUCUCGUCGGAGACGUCUGUGACUUUACACCCCUUGUUCGAGUGACAAUUCACUGAACAAUAUAUGACAAGGGUGCACCACGGUUUCCAUUCCUGUUCUCCUUUAUCUUCGUUUCUAUCUUUUCCCAGUCUAUUUAUUUCCUAUCAAUCCGUUCCUCUUUUUACCGCUUCUUCUUCUCACCCACCAAUUAUAUUUACAUAUGGGCCACGUUUCACCCUUGUCCCGUCUCUGUUUUCACUCGUAACACCUACUAUCUUAUCAACCUUCGUUCGUUUUUUUUCCCCUCACCUUGUAUCGUUCAUCGUCGCAUCGUUGUCAUCUCGUUCGAACGAUGUCGAGGACGAGAUGUUCGUAACACUUUGGAUAAAACAGGUGGUAACUAUGGCCUGCCAGUGCUAUACGGAGUGACCAGCAAGAAACCGAUUGAUUUUGUGUCAUUUUCCAUCCUAUUGUUGUUCGACAUCAUUGUAAACGUCGCAAUGCAAUUAACUGUGGAAUCGUGUGUGAACGAUAUCGAGGGGACGACAUCGCAGGACAGACCGGAUUAAGAGUAAAACACGCAUCGAAACAUCAAGGGAAAUCCUGCAACGUUUCUCCUGCUUCAACUUAUAGCUCUCCCUUUUCUCCUUCUGCCUCUUGCUCCCUCUCACUCCCUCUGAUUUUUUCCCUUCUCACAUAAUCGUUUCUUGCGGAUUCGAUUUACUUUUCGACUUUCUUAUCGCUUGGUGGUGAAACGCGUCACAGUGGCACGAUCGUCAUCGACGAAAAAAGAAGAAUCUAUAUACUGUACCGCGACACACAUUCGAGCUCGCGCUCAGUCAAUAGCAGCUGCAUCCUUUGAAAUUUCAAAAGAACCACCAGCAGGAAGCAUUCGCGAGGGUCGAAACAGAGGAGACCGUGGACUUCGAAUGAGCCACGAACAAGCUAUUGAAAGAAACUGCCCUCCCACCGUAUAACGUGGUGUAUAUUAAAGGAUCCUAAGGAGGAAGAGCUACUUAAAGACAGUAUUAUGUGUUUCAAUUAUAUAGGACAAAUAACGUAGAAGAAAGUAAUGUAGGAACAGGUUAGGAAAUCGUCGAGGAGCGAAAGGAGCGGAACGGAAGGUAACUAAGGGAAAACGAACGAAGUGACAAGCUCUAUAUAGGAAAUCCGCAACAAUGAAAGCUACAAAUUCCGGUGAGCCGAGGAACCAAAGAUUCCAAUGAUACCUUCGCAAGCUGGCCGUGAGGGAUAUAAAGGUUCUCCCAACCCUCCGAGCAACAGCUCCGAGGACAAUGGCUUCGCUAAUCGACCUCGAGUGGCGGGCCUUUACGCGACGAACCUCUUCAGAGAAGAGCCCGUUCGAUUCUCGUCAGGAGAAACUACUCGAUCUCAUGGUACCGCGCGAGAUAUUCUUGAGAGAUCGACGCAAGAGAUUGGAAGUCAAAGAAGUUUAAACCUUCCUACCAGCGUUCCCGAAGAAUUCGAGCUUUUGGAUCGUUCGAGGAUCGGGAUAUCGAGAACGCCGCAACCAUCGAGGAAAGAGGAAGCUAGCGCGUUUCGUUAUGAAUCCAGACCUAGAAGGGAUUACCAUGGAUCGUCGUCGUCGUCCACGGAAAAAAUUCGCGCGAGGGAACAGGAACGUCACGAGGAACGCGUCGCGCGCGUUACCGACGCGUAUUCUCUUCGGGGAUCCCUACUCGAGUUCCCGCGUUCGGAUGAAACGGCGUGGAUGAAAUCUAACGUUGACAAUUCGAAAGUAUCGAAUAACGAUUAUGCCGGUAGGCGAGGUCAAGAAAGUAGUUCGACUUUUCCCUCGGCUUCUGCUUCGAUACUCAUAUCGCCCGCCAGUGAAACUAGUGAAUGUCACGUGAUAUCCCCACCAGAGGUGGAGAAGCCAUCCCCACCACCGUACACGGGCCUCAGUCCGCCAGAGUAUAGGGGAAACGAGUAUGAAAAUAGUGAAACUCCGUCGCCGAUUUUUCCUUCGUAUCCUUUGUCAUCUUACGCGGAAGAAACGCGUCAUAGACGAUCUUCCUCUUUGGACGCGGAGCUUCGAUACGCGUUACGAGACGAUCGUUCGAGAUCAGAGAAUCGAUUCGAAUCUUCGAUCGUCGACCGCGAGGAAGCUUCUGGUACCGGUAGAUCGAGGCAAAUCGAUCACCAGGAGCCGUCGGAAUCGAACGUGGUAAUCGAAAAAUCCGCGGACGAGGUAACCUCGAGAUUCAGGGACGUAGCAAGAUUAAGACCCCCUUUGACAGCGGCUGCAGGCGCAUCGGCCGAUUCCGGAACCGGUGAUUCCGGAAGCGCAGAAAUUCAAGUAGAUCCUAUCGGUACACCUCGAGUAACAACUGCCGGCGAUUCUUCCGGCGAUGGAAGGGACGAAACCGGAAACGGUACUGCCACCAGUAAAUCGUCUAUUAAGACACCAACUGGAAACAAUAAGCAAACGGUGAAGCUCUUUACGAAGGAAAGUCUCGACAGGUUGGAAAACAGAACCGUGCAACUCGUCAGGGAUUAUGGCUUUCAACCGAAGAGACGAAUGUCCGUUGAGGAUGGCGCGGUGCUUCCAAACAAAUACGAACCUUUCCCAACCGAGCUUUACGGUAGACCACUCGAGGAAAUCGACAACUUUAUAUACGACGAGACAUUUUGCGUGGUAUCGAAGAGGUUUCGUAAGAAUUACAUUCACAGAUUUACGGCAACAAGCAGUUGGUUCAUAUUUUCUCCAUGGAAUCCUAUAAGACGGUAUUGUAUCUUCCUAAGCACGAAUCAGUACUUCGAUUACUUGGUCAUGGCUACGAUAAUAUUAAAUUGUGCCUUCCUCGCCAUGACGGAAACUAUCGAGGAAGCCGAAUAUAUAUUCUUAGCUAUAUACACGGCCGAAAUGGUAAUAAAAUCAAUAGCCAAGGGAUUUGUGCUCAAUAAGUAUACUUAUCUGCGAAAUCCAUGGAACUGGUUAGAUUUCGUAGUGAUCACUAGCGGCUACGCAACUAUAGGGAUGGAAGUAGGAAAUUUAGCUGGACUUAGAACAUUUCGAGUUUUGAGAGCCCUCAAAACUGUUUCAAUUUUGCCUGGUUUAAAAACCAUCAUCAACGCAUUGUUACAUAGUUUUAAGCAACUUGCCGAGGUAAUGACGCUCACGAUCUUUUGUCUGAUGGUUUUUGCAUUGUUCGCCCUGCAAGUUUACAUGGGCGAGCUUCGAAACAAAUGUGUGAAAAAUUUGGAGUCUAAUAAUACAGAAAUCGACUGGCACGAGUGGACUUGGAACUCAUCCAACUGGGCAUUCAACGAAGAUGAAGAACCAAUAAUUUGCGGUAACGCAACUGGCGCCAGGCACUGCAACGAGAGCUAUAUCUGCCUUUGCGUUGGCCCAAAUCCAAACCACGGGUAUACAAAUUUCGACAACUUCCUGUGGUCAAUGCUCACCACCUUUCAGUUGAUUACAUUGGACUACUGGGAAGACGUCUACAAUAAGGUAUUGUCGGCGUGCGGACCUAUCAGCGUCUCGUUCUUCACGGUGGUCGUGUUUUUUGGCUCAUUUUAUUUAAUCAAUCUAAUGCUCGCGGUCGUUGCACUGAGCUACGAAGAGGAAGCCGAAAUAACGAACGAGGAAAGACGGAAAGAUUUAACCGACCAUCGCGAGGACUCGACGUUUAGUUUCGACCCGACAAAAAUCAACGUCAAGACACUUGCUAAAGAGAAACAAAAGAAAUUAGAUGCUAGGAAAGGCGUUCUUCUAAGUAGUUACACGCGUAAGAAAACGCGAAGAAGAAGACGUGGAAGAAGCAACGUUGGCUCCAGCUCGUCUGGUCAAGAUAGAAGCGGUUCUGUGCCAAGCAGAUCGGUAACACCGAGCCCGAGUCCAAGUCCAAGGCAUUCGAAUGUCCGACCAUCUCAUUUAGCUCUCCAAAACGUCAGCCCACGAACGGUAGAGAACAAUACCGUUCACAGGCUGGCACCGAAUCGUGGGAUGCUCCAUUCUCGUCAGGCAAGCAACAACAGUAAUCAACAAUCGUCGUUGGACGACUCAGGGGUGGUCGACGACCACGAUGCCGACGACGUAACGUCUGUAGAGGAACACGAUAGGCGGGACAAUAAAGAAUCUAGAUCCGACUGGCACGAGAGAGUACCUACUAACAAUAAUGGCGAUGCCAAUGCCGAAUCUAGUACCGGAACGAGAAACGGUAUCAAUAACGAGACCGAAGGUGACCGAGAAAAAUCACAACCUUCCCGUUCCGGUGGUUUUCGUGCCCCUACAAACGUUUCUGCUUCUCUCGGUACCGGAACUACGCGAGAGAUCAGAGUGUUCAAGUGCAACGGUGUGAAAACAAAGAAACAAAUGUACACCCUGCCCCCAGAGUAUUUGUCGCAUAUUGUUAUUUUAGAUGAUCUUCCUGAUAGAAAUUGCGAGAAGUGUAUUCAAUGCUGUGUAGAUUACGAGGGUUGGCUACGAUUUCAGAAUUGUUUAUAUAAGGUAGUGAGAGAUCCGCUAUUCGAGUUAACGAUCACGCUGUGCAUCGUCCUGAACACCGGUUUCCUGGCGAUGGAACACCACGGGAUGAGCGAGUCUAUACGACAGGCUCUGAACAUCGGCAACAAAGUGUUCACCAGUAUCUUCACCUUUGAAUGUUUACUGAAGCUGUUAGCGUUGAGCAAAGAUUUCUUUGCCAACGGAUGGAACAAUUUCGAUUUGAUAAUAGUGUCAGCGUCUCUGAUAGAUCUUACCUUCGAGCUGGUAGACGGUCUCUCAGUGAUACGCGGACUGAGACUUCUUCGAGUAUUAAAAUUGGCCCAGUCAUGGACGACGAUGAAGGUCCUCCUAAGUAUCAUCAUCUCGACGAUCGGUGCACUUGGAAACCUGACUCUGGUUUUGGUGAUCGUGAUCUACAUAUUCGCCGUGAUCGGUAUGCAAUUGUUCAGCAAAGACUAUACAUUGGACAAGUUUUAUCCGGACCCGGUACCGCGUUGGAACUUCAACGAUUUCUUUCAUUCGUUCAUGAUGAUAUUUCGUAUACUUUGCGGCGAAUGGAUCGAGCCUCUGUGGGAUUGCAUGCGAGCGGAAGAGGAAGACGGACCCGAGGCUUGUUUCGCCAUAUUUUUGCCAGCUCUUGUCAUGGGUAAUUUUAUGGUACUGAAUCUCUUCCUUGCUUUGCUGCUCAACAGUUUCAACUCGGAGGAGCUUAAACAGAAGAAAGAGGAAGUCGGCGAAGACUCGAAACUCGCCAGAUCGUUCGAUCGCAUACGUUCCAUCAUACGUAAGAACAAAUGCUCGCGUUUUGCCCAAGGCGGUACGAAGAGCAGAGGCGAGGAUGCACGUUUGGAAAAGAUUGUGCGACGCGUUAUGGAUAGAUCCGACAACGAGACUAACUACGCUAUUCAAGAGACUGUGCUCAGCCUUCCAAAAGAUAACUCUCAGUUGGAGAAGCAGAAAUACGAACAAUGGGAGAAAGACGAGGAUGAGGAGGAGGAGGAGGAGGAGGAGGAGGACGAAGAGGAACGAGCCGAGGAAUCGCACGGCGACCAAGGUAAUUCGAACAGAAGAAAAGAAACCGAAUCGAAGGAAAGUAAUUUAGAGGAAUAUCAAGAGCACGAGAUUACAAAAGACUCGUCGACUAAAGCACCGGCUGAGGAAAGAAUAGCGAUGCUACCUCAAGAGGAUCCUUUUCCAAAACGCGAAGAUCGUGUACCAAAACGACCAUGGCAUGCACUGGUUAGUUACGUAGACGAACUGACCGUUGGUGGUAGAAGAGACAGUAAAGGAAAGUACAUUGAUGGUAUGGGAUCGUUUCCUGGUUUUGGAAGGAACAAUCGUCGUAAGGAACCGCAAGAUUGUUUUCCACGACAGUGUUACCAGAAGUGUACCUGCAUCGAACGAUGCGUUGCAACGACUAUCGGCAAAAAAUGGAUCAGACUACGAACGAUAGUUCUAUCGGUCGUUGAUACACCUGGCUUUGAAUGGAUGAUAUUGGUUUUCAUUUUUGCAUCCUCCAUAACACUUUGUUUCGAAGAUAUUUAUCUAGAUGAUAAUCCUUUUUUGAAGAAAAUUCUCUAUUGGACCAAUCUUGGCUUCUGUGCGCUUUUUAGUAUUGAGAUGUUACUCAAGUGGCUAGCUCUGGGUUUCUGCAAAUAUUUCACCAGUUUUUGGACUAUCUUGGAUUUUAUAAUCGUUUUUGUAUCAACAUUUAGUCUGUUGAUAGAAGAGAACGAAAAUUUGAAAGUGUUAAGAUCUUUAAGAACUCUACGAGCACUGAGACCAUUGCGAGCGAUAUCGAGAUGGCAAGGCAUGAGGAUCGUAGUGAACGCGUUGAUGUAUGCGAUACCUAGUAUAUUCAACGUGCUCCUCGUCUGUCUCGUGUUCUGGCUGAUAUUUUCUAUAAUGGGUGUACAAUUUUUUGGCGGGAAAUUUUUUAAAUGCGUUGACGAGUACGGUGAAUUGUUAGAUAUAUCGAUCGUUGAUACGAGGGACGAUUGUCUGCGAAAAAAUUACUCGUGGGAAAAUAGUAAAAUCACUUUUGAUCACGUUGGGAUAGCGUACUUGGCCCUAUUUCAAGUAGCCACGUUCGAGGGAUGGAUGGAGGUAAUGCAGGACGCAGUAGAUGCAAGAGGGGUAGAUCUUCAGCCUCAAAGAGAAGCAAAUAUCUACGCGUAUUUGUACUUUGUGAUAUUCAUCGUUUGCGGCUCUUUUUUUACACUGAAUCUAUUUAUCGGAGUUAUUAUAGACAACUUUAACAUGUUGAAGAAAAAGUACGAAGGUGGGGUGCUAGAAAUGUUUUUGACCGAAAGUCAAAAGCACUACUACACUGCCAUGAAAAAGCUCGGCCGUAAAAAGCCGCAAAAAGUGAUCAAGCGUCCGAUGAAUCAAAUCCUCGCAAUGUUUUACGACCUAUCAAAUUCCCGCAGAUUCGAAAUAGCAAUUUUUAUUUUGAUAUUCUUAAACAUGCUGACUAUGGGAAUCGAGCAUUACGGUCAGCCGCAUCCGAUUUUCUUCGUCCUCGAAGUGUCGAACGCAUUUUUCACGACGGUAUUCGGAUUAGAAGCGAUCGUUAAGAUAAUAGGACUUCGAUAUCAUUAUUUCACCGUACCGUGGAAUCUGUUCGAUUUCCUUCUGGUACUCGCUUCGAUUUUAGGAAUAUUAAUGGAGGAUAUUAUGGUAGACUUUCCUGUGUCCCCGACGCUCCUGCGAGUCGUGAGAGUGUUCAGAAUCGGUCGAAUCUUGAGGCUAAUCAAAGCCGCUAAAGGUAUUCGAAAACUACUCUUCGCUCUGGUGGUCAGUCUUCCAGCGCUGUUCAACAUCGGUGCCCUUUUAGCCUUGAUUACAUUUAUUUAUGCCAUUAUCGGCAUGUCGGUCUUUGGUCAUGUUAAGAAACAAGGCGCUCUUGACGAUAUGGUAAAUUUCGAAACUUUCGGUAGAAGCAUGCAAUUAUUAUUUCGGUUAAUGACAUCAGCCGGUUGGAACGACGUCUUAGAGUCUCUGAUGGUACAACCACCAGAUUGCGAUCCGACUCCGACUAGCCGACAAAUGAACGGAAAUUGCGGAUACCCUCUCUUGGCAAUAACUUACUUUACUUCCUUUAUCAUAAUCAGUUACAUGAUCGUAAUCAAUAUGUAUAUCGCCAUCAUUCUUGAAAACUUUAAUCAGGCCCAUCAGGAAGAAGAGAUCGGUAUCGUCGAGGAUGAUUUAGAAAUGUUCUACAUCCGAUGGUCCAAGUAUGAUCCGCACGCAACACAGUUCAUAAACUUUUCGCAAUUAAGCGAUUUCAUAGCGAGCCUAGACCCACCAUUAGGAAUAUCGAAGCCCAACAUGGUUGCGUUGGUUAGCUUCAAUCUUCCUAUCGCUAAGGGUAAUAAGAUUCAUUGUCUGGACAUUCUGCACGCACUUGUCAAGCACGUUCUUGGACACGUCGAGGAGUCCGAGGAUUUCCGAAAGUUACAGGAACAGAUGGACAUCAAGUUCAAGAAACAAUUUCCUACUCGUAAAGAACUUGAAAUUGUUUCUUCAACGAGAAUGUGGAAACGUCAGGACAAAGCUGCUAGAUUGAUACAGAGUACUAUCAGGGAUUAUAUAAUGGCAAAGAAGGAACGCGAAAGGGUUGCUCAAGAGGUGGAUUCACAGACCCAAACGUCAAGCCCUGGUGUUGGGAAUGAGGGUAGGGGCGGGGGUGGAUGGAGUGGCAAAGUAUCGGCUUUUUUGCAUGUACAUAGAGGUAGCCGUGCCAGUAGCCGCAAGUCCUCGAGGGCCAGCGACGCCAGCGAUUUCAGCGAGCUCGGUGCCGCUUCGGCAUGGCUUUUUCCAAAUUUGCCUCUGCUGUUGCUCUCCGGCGCCACCGGUACUCAUGAGGACCUGCCUCCUCCUGCUCUGACCGUAUCCCGUCCCUCACCAACCACCGAACAGCAAUCGUUUGUCGGUUCCUCUAAUGCUAGUGCUACUUCCUCCGAUCUACACGCCAGAUCGAUCGCGGGACCGACCCUCGGCCGACAAGAUGCCGUUGAAAGUUAUCCCGACGAGGAAGUUCCAAGUCUUCCUACGAAGCGCAGAUCACUUCCACCGAGUGUCACAACGCUCUCUCUGAACACGUUACAUCGCGAUAUCAAAGAAGCAUUUAGCAGACGUUGCGGUAGCCUUCGAAAGAAACAUCAACCAGCUACUGAACCAGCCCCGCUGCCAAUCGAAUCAACCGACGUAAGCAUACUUGUCACGGAACCCAGUCCAGAGAAUACAGCGCCACCCUCGAGACCAGCACUCCUUAGACGACAAUCCGCCGCUACGGUCGUACAUGUUCUCGUUCACAGAGAGAGCGAAGAAUACCGAGACACGCAACCGGAAAAUGCUAGUUGAUCUUAGACCAUUUAAACGCUCAACAAACACAACCCCUUUUCGAAUAUCAGUGUAUAACGAGAGAGAGAGAGAGAGAGGCUAGGCUUGAAAAGCCAGCAAGUUUUGUUAUCGCGUUACGGGUAACCUCGAUACUUAAUCCGGUUCCUUCUCCUCUCCCCCUUUCUUUGACGUGGUUGCCUUAUCUCAUCGUUCAUCUCGGAAUCCUUUCACUGUUUCCAUCUAGAACAUAUUGGAAAGGAUUCACUUGAAGUAUUAGAAUACUUUUGACAAUUAUUUCUUACAAUCUAUCUACACUUUGUAACUUUAUAAACGUAUUUAUUCUUAUAUUUCAAUUUUAUCCGAACGACACCAAAUACGACACGAGUAUACCUUUCUUUCUCUUCUUAGAAAAGCAAUAUCUUGGUAGCCAUUUUGAAUCCUAUAAUAGUGAAUAAUAGGAGCCCGCGUGAUCCCGAACUUUGGAUGGUGACGGAACGGAAAAUUCUUGGCGAGAUCUCGAUACUGUGAUAUUUGUUUAUUUAUUUAUUUAUUUAUUCGUUUGUGAUAAAUGGGCAGAGUUUAAUAGUUUUCCAUCCCGUCCGAAAGUUCUGGUAACUCGGGACGAUCCGCGCACCUUUAGCGAAUAACUCUAAUCUUUUAACGAUCGUUCGGUAACGAGCUUAAAAUCUUUUUCCUUACGCGGUAAAGGUAUAAUAUUCAAAUCGAAAGUAUAGCUCGAAUAUUUGAAAUUGAUUCGAUACCGAGAUUCUUCUACCACAAUUUUAAGAAAGCGAUUGGACCAAUUUAACGAGAUAUGCUUGAAAACUCCGAUCCCUUUUUCACUUAAAUCACUGGAUUAGAUUCACGAAUCUACUCGCUAUAUUAAUGAGACAAAUUAAUAAUAGUUACAAUGAAAAAAUAGAGAAUAAUACUGCCUCGAAUAGUAUAGAAUUUUUAAUUUAUAAUUGUUUUGAAGGAAAAAUACGAGAAGGACAAGGAAAAGAGAGGGAAAGAGAAGAUGGAAAGAGGAAAACUACGCGCGAAUUUUCCAAAAUAAUGAACGAUUAUGUUAUAACGAUGUUAUAUCACUGUUUCUUCACAUUUUUAAAAUGAGAAAAAAAAAAAAAAAAAAAAAUAAUAAUGUAGCUUUACCAGUAUCGCUAUCGACUUCCUGUGCGAUGCCAGUUAACGUAGAACAUUAAUGUAUAUGUGGAGGUUCGGCUUAACCGAAAAAGUUAUUCACAUUACAGUAUUCCUAAUACGUAAUGAGGUUACAUGCUUACAUUAUGGCGUACUUACGUACAAUUUUGUGAGAUUCGUCCUGUACCUUUUAGAAAAGAGAAAAGAGAAAAAAAAAAGCUUUUUCUUCUGGACACGUUCCAUUGAACAGCUUAGUGAUCGAUAUUAAGCUUUCCAUUAAUCAAUAUUUUCAAGUCAAUAUUUUCUUCUUAAUUAAUAUCAAAGCAAAUGUACACCAUUUCUUUGUUUAAUCUUGCACAAAUUAAAAUAAGGAUAAAUAAUUACUUGCACAUGAAUUUACUCACAAAUUUUUACAAGUACAAUUUUCUACAUCUUUUUUAAUUUCUACAUUUAAGUGGAAAACGUGAAGUCGAUCGCUAGCGAGCAACAGAAUAAGAUAUCUGUUAAAUAAUAUACAAAUAUUGUUGGUUAUUGUUAAUAUUAUUGAACGCUGGAUCAUGUUCAGAAGAGGUAGCUACGCCCCUUUAAUGUUUUUUCGCGUUAUGUGUUUUAAAUACGGAACGAAUUUAAUUUGACAGAUUGUACGAAUAAUUGCACAUAUUAUUCGAAUGAUAAUUACAAAUAAAACGAAAAUUAUUCGAAAAUUACGAAUAUUCUUUUAUUUGAAUAAUAUAGGUAAUUAAUUCGAAUAAUAUACAGAAAUUGUUCGUUUCUUGUUCAUUUUUAAAUUUUGUUCACUGUAUCGAAUGAUAUACAUAUCGAUAAUAGAUCGAAUAUUCAAAAGUUGGCUAUGGUAUGAAUAUGUAUAAAUAAUUUUCGCGUUUGACAUAAUUUUUCGUCUUAAAUUUGUGCAACAAAGUAACGAAGGAACAUGUAUCGCAAACAGCUGUGCAUAUAACAUAAAAUUGAAAGCUGAGAUUUAAAAAAAAAAAGGAAAGGAAGAGGAGGAGAGGGAAAGAAAGUGAUAGAGAUGAUGGGAAAGAGCACAAAGUAUAAAAAAGAAGACAAAAAAAAAAAAAAAUGAGAGAAAGGAACAACGAAUUUUGUAGUAAUUAGUUACAUUUUUACUGUAACCUUAUCAGUCCGUCUUUAGUUGUUUAUUUAGUAUUUAGAUCUCUCAUAUAAGAACAGAAAACUUAUUGAUUUAGAUGAGGAUAGAUUUUCAUCUUUACCUUUUUCAAUUUUCCUUUUCACAAAUAAUUAUUGCCAUUAACACGCCACGACCUCUUGUCGACCUCUAGUGCCUAUUAGAAGAAAAAAAAAAAACAAAAACAAAAAACGAUUGUGAGUUAAUAUACAUAUACAGAAGUAUAAACAUGUAUAUUAGAUUUUCAUAUUAAAAAAAAGAAAUGUAUUCGUACGAGGAAAAAUGGUACGAGUUAAAUUUAUGUAAACCUCUUGCUAGAACGUACGACGGUACGUUACUUUUAGAGUUUAGCAUUUGAUGCUUAAUGCUUGGAUAAAUCUGUUUUUCGCGUGUUAAUUACAAGAUAAUAUAGCAUCGAGGAUCAUGUGAAAAAAAAAAGAAGAAAUGUUAAUGAAUCAUACGAAUAGAAAUUCAACCAAGAGCAAAAUUGAAUGUUUUUUGAAAAGAAAAAAAGAAAUCCAAUUCCAGAAAUGUGAUUUUUGCAGGACACGAAGCGUAAAUGUAUGCAUCAUGUCAAUUAAAGGCAUAAAUAUAUUGUACUUAAUUCGUAACUGACGUGUUUACACGCGAUACGUCUAGAAUACUAUAGGUACUUAUAAAUAUACCAAAACACAAGAGACUGGACAUACAUGACCUUGCUAUCCCAAUACCUGAGGAUAGUGAAAUUCCAAAGAAAAAAAAAAAAAAAAUAAAUAAAUUGUACAAUCACGAUCGGGUAUCCUGUGGGAACCCGACAAUUUUUUUAGAUAUUAUAGCUUUUCUGCGCAUUUUUCUGCGUGUCUGCGUGCUGCGUGCGUGUUGUGUGAAUAAAAAUUCGAUAGGAUAAAGUCUGCUCAAAAUGCCUACCGCGUACUUAAAACACACUGUCAGGUUGCACUUGAGUAAUUAUUCAAUUAUUAUUGCAAUUUAUAGCUUUUUUCUUUAAAAGAAAAAAAUGCUGGCACGUACGAUUGAUCGUUUAGUUGGUCGUUCGUCCCAGUUCGUUCAACGUUUCUCACGUUUUUUGAUAAAAAAUAAUCAAAGUGACAAUAUUGUUCACGCAGUAUAAUACAAUAAUAUGUAUAAAA